AUGCGCGAUAAGGAUCAAGGCAACGCUGUGUCUGUAUGAAAGGCGUGAGCAGUGCGACUUUAGCAUCAAUGUGAACGCCAUUUGUCUUAAAGGAAUGUUCCGAUUACAUCUCAUAUAAGAGAUAUUGAGAACGCGUUGCCUCCGCCAAUGUUGACAGAUAGUCUCUGGUAUAAUUAGUCGCCUACUGCCCUCCACCAAGAAGCCCUGCCAACCACAAAACCAAGGGUUACAUUGACGUAACGUCGGCUGAGAGGGGAAGCAGCUACUGUCUACUACGCUGUUAUACAGACAGAUGCUCCCAGCCACCCACCUCGAGAGCAGCGAUGGGAAGUGUCCACUAGCCGAGGCCAUCCUGGACCAUGUCAUCGGGGUGACAGAGACGGCUUCAGUUUUCACGUCGGAGAGGGAGCAAGGUGCGCCCCGCAGACACAGCGGCGAGGAGGUGCGGAGCCAGGGGCAGGAGGAGGAGGAGGAGGAAGAAGAGGAGGAAGAGUGGCAAGACGAGAGAAGAAGGAUGGGCGUGGGGAAGAAUACAACCUCCAAAUCUAUAGAAGGAGGAGGAGAUGGGAACGGGAACAAAUAUGAGGAGGAAACCAAACGCGGAGCGGACUUCUACCCUAUUCCGGUGGUGGUGAAUGGGGUGAGCCAGACCAAUGGAGAACAAGACACGGAGGACACAGAGCUGAUGGCCGUCUACGCUAAAGAGAAUCAAGGAGGAGAGAAGUGUUCCAUGUCUGAGACGUUGGACAGUACAGACAGUGUGGACGCCAGACGGAAUGACAUGAUCUACACCAUCGAAGACUGCCCGCCGUGGUACCUGUGUGUCUUCCUCGGCCUACAGCACUAUCUGACUUGCUUUAGCGGCACCAUCGCCGUCCCCUUCCUCCUGGCUGACGCCAUGUGUGUGGGCUACGACCAGUGGGCCACCAGCCAGCUGAUAGGGACCAUCUUCUUCUGUGUGGGGAUAACCACCCUGAUCCAGACCACCGUAGGAUGCAGGUUGCCUCUAUUCCAGGCCAGUGCGUUUGCCUUCCUCGCCCCAGCCAGGGCAAUUCUAUCACUCGAUAAAUGGAAGUGCAACAAUACAAUGGUCCCUGACCUCAACAGCACGGAGCUCCUCAACACAGAACACAUCUGGCAUCCCAGGAUACGAGAGAUCCAGGGCGCCAUCAUCGUGUCGUCCCUGAUCGAGGUGUGCAUCGGCGCUCUGGGCCUGCCCGGGGUGCUGCUGAAGUACAUCGGCCCCCUGACCAUCACGCCCACCGUCGCCCUCAUCGGCCUGUCUGGCUUCCAGGCUGCCGGGGAGAGGGCGGGGAAACACUGGGGCAUCGCUAUGCUGACCAUCUUCCUGGUGCUGCUCUUCUCCCAGUACGCCAGGAAUGUCCAGUUUCCACUGCCGAUCUACAAGUUCAAGAAGGGUUGGACGGUGUACAGGCUGCAGGUCUUUAAGAUGUUCCCAAUCAUCAUGGCCAUCCUCGUGUCAUGGCUGACGUGCUUCAUCUUCACGGCGACCGACGUCUUCCCGCCCGAGAAGGAGAAGUACGGCUACUACGCCCGCACAGACGCGCGCAUGGGAAUCCUGAGUGCUGCCCCCUGGUUCAAAAUUCCCUACCCCUUUCAAUGGGGCGUUCCCACGGUAACCACGGCGGGCGUCAUCGGCAUGCUGAGCGCGGUGGUGGCGAGCAUCAUCGAGUCCAUCGGGGACUACUACGCCUGCGCGCGGCUGGCCUGUGCGCCGCCACCCCCUAUCCACGCCAUCAACAGGGGUAUUUUCAUGGAGGGGGUGUCCUGUGUGCUCGACGGUCUGUUUGGAACCGGGAACGGCUCCACCUCGUCCAGUCCCAACAUCGGGGUUCUGGGGAUCACCAAGGUUGGCAGCAGACGCGUGAUCCAGUACGGCGCCGCUAUGAUGCUGCUGCUGGGGCUUGUGGGUAAAUUCAGUGCGCUCUUCGCCUCGCUGCCCGACCCAGUCCUGGGGGCGCUGUUCUGCACCCUGUUCGGGAUGAUCACCGCCGUGGGCCUGUCCAACCUGCAGUUCGUGGACCUCAACUCCUCCCGGAACCUCUUUGUGCUGGGCUUCUCCAUCUUCUUCGGCCUGGUGCUGCCCAGCUACCUGAAGCAGAACCCGCUGGUCACCGGCAUCGUCGAGGUUGACCAGGUGUUGAAUGUGCUUCUGACCACCGCUAUGUUUGUCGGUGGCUCGGUGGCGUUUCUUCUCGACAACACUAUACCAGGCACGCCGGAAGAGCGAGGCAUCAGGAAGCUGAAGAGGGGCACGGGCCCCAGCACCUCCGAGCUGGAGGGGAUGCGAUCCUACGACCUGCCGUUCGGGAUGGACUUCAUCCGCAGGCACGACAUCUUCACCUACCUCCCCAUCAGCCCCACCUUCACGGGCCACAAGUGGGGGGGGCUCCGGAGCGCCUGCCGGAGCCGGAAGGCCCACGGGGACAGCGGGAAGGGGGCCGGGAGGGAGGCCGGCAAGGCGGUGGCGGGGGGCACGGCUGCAGGGGACAGCCGGGUAUAGCGACGGGACUCUGGGGGAGAGGAGGGGAUCCGACGGAAGGGACGGAUGGACUCGAGAGCGGAGGAGCGAGGAUAAAGAAGUGCGCAACCCCCCUGUUUGUGUUUACCCUUUUGUGUGUUUUGUGAGGUGACGUUCCCUCCGUCUUCCUUUCGUCUGUCCAUGCCGGUGAGGAAUUACUUGAGCGCGUCGCCAGAGGCCAUGGGCUCUCGGAGAAGCCGGACUGUGGCGAGACAUGAUUGCAUGCAGAAGUAGGCCACGGAGGGGGGGUCGUCGUGCAUCCAGUUAGCUGUACUUUCUUUAAUGUAGAAAAUCAAUGCUUCAAAGCAACACCAUCUCCCUCACACAAUUCACGCGUACAGCGUGCCACAACCUUUCUGAGAAUAAUUUGUUUACCUAAAAAGGAAAGUGUGUGUGUAUAUAUCCAUAUAUAUAUAUAUAUGCACCCUGUGUGUACCCUGUGUGUGUGUUAAUGUUGGUGGUCUAGUCUAGGCUGGAACUGAAAUGCUCAUCAUUCAGUUGCUGUACGUGUCCCGGCAGCCCAGGGGACUGGGGCGUUCUUUGCUGUCUAGAAUCCAAGGGGAACUGCAGAGUUGGAGGAUGGUGGGAGGUGAUAAUGGAAUAGGUCGUCUGUUAAAACCUAGUCCCAAAAAGACAACCUUACAAGAGCAAGGUUGUCUUCAUUCAGUAAAACAAACAUUCAAAUGGGUGUACAUUUGCCAAAAUACCAGCUACGUAACUAAAGUGUCUCAGUAUUAUCUUAUGCAUUAUUUAAUCACUUAAACCCCCUAUUGUCAAACAUCCCUCCCCCAAAAUGGUUGUGAAGAGACGAUUAGAGCUUAUAUAUUCAGCCUCGGCAUGGCGCAUAUAGUGCACCUUGAGUUGUGACUUAAAAUGCAUCGGCUUUGCAAAUAGUAUUAGAUUAGUAUUAUUUCAUUCACUGAGGACCUUAAUUUUAGUGUUAACUUUGGCUAAUGUCUGUUUUCUUAUUUCUAUAGACACUGGUGAGGGAAGUUUAGGAUUAUGCAACGACAGUGUGGUCAGGACUGCCCCAAACAGGGCCACUAGCGGAUGGUUUUGUGAAAUGAGAAUGCAAGUUCUAGACUGGCGCAAAACGAGACUAUGAAAAAUUUGCUCCCAGAUGCAUGAGUUUACCUUGUUCGAACAGCACUUAGAAUAGAUAUUUUUACCCUUUUACCAUCAGACUGACCCCAAUGGAGUUAGAAUUACAUUUAAUACUCAUUCCAUGACCUCCGUUUCCUGCUGUUGUGUAGAACAUCACCAGUGCACGUGACCCAUUUGUUUAAUGGCGUUGAGGAUUCGCUGGCAGCGCACCAGCUAUUGCUUUCUGCCCGCCCACACAACGUCUACGUGUCACUUUAGAUGUAGACGUCAUUUGGAUGUCAUCCAACUCUUCAAUCGUAAUGGCUAUCAUAUCUGUAAAUUGUACAGGGAAUUGUAGUAGAUUGGAAUUAUGAUUGAUUUUCCUGAGACUAAUCUGUAUUAUUUUCCCUUCGGACCACUACUUUGGAUUAUUACAGUGAGGCAUUGGUUGCUCCCCUCUUUAUUUCUCUCUUUUUUUUUUUAAGUACUUCAUGCCCCAUUGUUCCGUUUUCCAAUUCUCUGCCGCUAAGGUGCUCAGGUCUUUCCUUCCAUCGUCAUUCAGUCUAGCUUUGUUUGUUUUUUCAACACACUGUAACACCGCAACAGCUAUUUGUAGUUCACUUUUCCUGAUCGGUUGCUAUUCUGGGCUUUUGUCCUUUUCUGUGUCCGUGCUGGCAAAAUCAAGUGAGAGAUAACUAUAUAUCACUACUACUAAUCGUAGGUCUUUGAACUGGAAGCCGUACGACAUUACCUGGUGGAUUGACACGGAUGUGAUGUUAUUUAGAGACUUGCCUUCAAUCAAGGCUUGAGUGUAACGCUACUAUGUGGCAACUGCCAUAGUCCCAGCAGUGGCUAUAAAGAAAAUGGGACAUUUUUUCAAAAAAGAAAUAAUGAAAAGCUAAAACUGUAUUGUGGAACAGCAGUCCAAGUGAGAUGUUUGUCGAACCAAAAUACUAUAGAAAUGUUCCAAACUGUCAUACCAAAACAGUUUUUCAGUAAUUUACAAAAAGAAAACCCUUCUGUCUCAUACUAAUUUAUUUAUUUAUAAGACAAUGUAUAAUGAAGAUUUUAAAGCACAUUUGGGUGCCUCUUGCACAAUGUAUAAAAAAAUAAUAUUUUUAAGAAUAGUUUACUGUUUUUUGCCCUGUAGAAAUCUGUAAUCGGCGCUUCUGCCUACAGGGGGCGCCACAUUGUCCCAUGUUUAGAUAGUUAUAUUUGACUUGAGGGGCUUACAGUUGCUCUUAUUUCAUAGAAGCACAGAGCUGGUUAAAGGUUAGAAUCACAAAAUAAGCUGCUUAGUGAGGCAGUGAUGUGAUAUAAGGCAAACACUUUUGGAAUUUUGGAGCUUGAACACUCACAUAACAAGUACUGUUUCUACAUCCGUAUCUGAUUUUUUCUCUUUGGUUCUGAGAGCAUGUCGACUACUGUCACACCAGAUUUUUGUUCCUCUGAACUGCUGCUGCAGCGGUAGUCACACAAUGUUUUGUUAUCAAGUCUACUUGGACCUGAAGACGGCUAGCUUGCCAGCUAGUUGUUAAAAUACAGUACGCUACCUCUGCCUAUUCAGAAAGCCACCUGUUUUAAGUGUUUGCAUUAACCAUUUCACUCUUCCUGGAUUUGGUUAUCGAGUGGUGGCGUCUUUUUCAAGAUGCAAACAUCAAAAUCAUACAUGCGUAAUAUUAUUUCACUUUUGUUCUACCCGCCCAUCCCAUGUUUCAACACGCUUUCUAUUCCUCUCUGACGUCCUGCUCUCUCCCCCCCUGAUACUCGCCUGCCAGUACAGUGCAGAUGUUCACAUUGAGGUUCCUGCCUGCAUACAGGAAAUGACACCUAUCGGCCACCUUUAUUAAGAAAGGUAUAGUCGCUCAAUGCAAGUUUUCCUUAAUUCGAUUUUUUAACUCUAUGGCCUGUUACCUUAAAAGGUUAAAUUCGGUGCCUAAUAGCACUUAAACCUGGCUUUUAACUUACAAAAGCCUAGGUUUUGGAAGAACCCAUUGUCAUAUUUUCAGCGUUAAGGAGCUUGCUAUCAAAAGACGACUCUUGAAAAGGUGGCCAUAAGUGGUGUGACAAAAUAUCCCUUUCAGUUAUUUUGAAGGGGCACUACCUAAAGAAUAUAAUUAAGUCUCAAGUGUUUUAUCUUUUUAGCGUUUUUUUUUUCUUUGUUUUGUAUGCAUAAUUUUUUACGUUUUCUACAGAUGUGUUUGUAAGAAAUCAUAUACUAUUAAAUCAUGCUGGAAAGCGCAUUGUUUUGUUACAUUUUUAUUUCAGAGUUUAACCCUAUUUGUUCUUACUUUUAUCUGUGGUCUGAUGAAAUAAUUUUGUUUGUUAGGACUUUUCCAUAUUGUAUUUUUAUAACAUUACUUUAUCUUCAUGUUAACACAGAAUGAAAAAAAGGCUGUAAGAAUUUAAAUGGAUGUUCAAAAUGUAUAUUGAACUGCGUGCUAAUUAUGUGCAGAAAAUUCUGGACCAGAUAUUGAGUUGCAAGAAAAUGUUAUAUUUGUUCCUAAAACUAUUUAAUACGAUGAUACAAAUCCAUACAGACUUUUGUCUUAAUUGUCCGUAUUAAUUGCAAUACAUACGUUGUUCCAUUCACACCAAUGUCCAUCCUUCAUUUAUUCUUUCCUGGUGUUUAGCCAAGAUGUUUGACCAUUGGCACAUCCUCAAGUCUAAAUAAACCUUCUCCAUGAUGGCCUUUACAAACUGUUAACUCCAGUACCUCACUAUCGACUUACCUUCAAGAAAACCCCUCACUAGGAUCCAUGGUGAUAUACUGUAAAUAUAUCGAUGGCCUCUUUAUUAUUAUUAAGAAAGUUUGAAUUUGCCACUGAUAAAAGCAUAGGUGGUUACAGAAUCUGAAGAAAUUAGUUGUAGAACUGUCUUAUUAAGGUGGACUUUUUUCUAGCAAAAAGACAUCAGAAUAAACGAUGGAAAUGUG